AUGGAGGUUGUCUGCCCUGUGCUGCCUUCGCAGCAUCGUCUCCCGCUUCAGGAGGCUACUGGCAAUGUGCAGUCUCAUGCCAGCAACAACAGCAACAACACUCUUGCCUACUGCUCUCCUGUCACUGCCUCACACUCUUCACCAGCUUCCACCUCUUCAUUGCCAUCCAGCGCACUUCCUUUAGUGUCCUGCACACAGGUGUCAUCAGUAGCAGCAUCUUCCAUCCCAUCUGCUCCCAUCCUACCUACCCAGUCUCUCGAUAUUUCUCAGCACAACAACGUCUACACCUACCACAGCCAACAUACGCAGCCUACUUUCUACCCUGAGGCGCUCAUCAAGCAACUCCCUUCUCAGCAAUACACCCAGCACUCCGCUCAUAAGUAUCAACAGCAGCAGCAACAACAACAGCUGCUCUCCAGACGCCACUCUAUUCAUCAUGGCAGUCUUGCCCUGGGUGGCGGCUUUCCUGGCGGCAGCGUCAUCAGCUCCAGCAAUGGUCUUGGCCCUGCAAUCCCGAACGCGAAUGCCAACGUCAACCCGAUCUACCUGUCUCCGCAAUUCCAGGCCUACCGCAAGAAGCAGACGGAGAAGGACGACAAGACAGAGCAGAUCUGGCCGGAUGUGCUCGAAGAUGCGUUUCUUGAUGCCCUUCUGUUGAUACCCCAGAUGGGUCGCAAGAAGUACGCAAUGCGCGGACAGCUGCACGGCCGCAACAUGCUCAUCAGCGAGUACCUCUGGGUGGCUUACUGCCUGUCUCUGCCGGCUGGCGUCAAGCCCGACAGCAAGAUGGCCCGUGGCCGCAAGCAGGUGUCCAGCCACAUCCAGGUGCUCAAGAACUUCUUCAUCCACCAUCGGUGCUACCACUUCUUCUUUCCCAGCAAGGAGAAGAAGGAGGACACGCGCAAGGACCUGCUUGAGAAGGAGUCCUUCAAGGACAACCGGGUGCUGCGUGCUCUGUUUGAUGGACGUCUGCCCGAGGAGCGGCCCAACUACGAAUACUUUGGUCAGCUGUUGGCGUCGGACGGACUUGUGGCCAUUCGGCCAAGCCUCUGCUGGAUCCUGGUGUCAUCCGCGGCUGUGCGCUAUGAAAGUGACGGUCCCCAUCGCGGCGAAGCCACCAAGCCCGAUGGCUUGCCACUGGAUGGGCGCGUGUACCCCCACCUGCACCUCAACAACAAGCGUGAGGAGUGGCCAGAGCGUGGCAAGAUCAUCCGCGGAACGCUUCUGCAGGAGUACACGCGUGCUCUGAGCCAGAAGGAGGCCAGCUCGGUGCGCGAUAUCUCGCAGGACUGGAAAGACCGAUUCCCCGGUCAGAUGUGCGAGGCGCUGGACCAGGUUGUGCGCGAGGAUCUGCGAGACAUUCUUCAUUUCCAUGUCACGCUCGACGUACAGGAGCCAGACCGGUUCCCGGAGGGAUCGGAACUGAACAGCCUGGUUGAGGUGACGAUUGAGCAGGCGUACCUGCAGAACCACCGGUGGAAGUCGGUGACCCGGCUGGCACGGCCAAGCGAGCUGGUGCCAGGCCGGCCGGACGACGAGGAGACUGGCAGCAGCGCCAACCAGGUACCGGUGUCUGUGAUCACGCGUGACAUUGGCAACCAGUACAUGCACCGACCAGGAUGCCACGGCGUGGGCAACGGCGGACACUGUGACUGCUUCCAGAGUGCCCGCAUGCGGCGGCAGCAGUUGGCUGUGCCCUUUCCGGCCCCUGAGUGGGCAACGAUGCUCAGCAUGCUCACGGCAUACCGCAGACACCCUCUUGAAGAGGAUGGUGGUGAGGCGGCCGGUGUGUACGCCUCGCGUGCCAGCUCCAAGAAGAGCAGUGGGAAGCGGUCGUCUUACGGAUCGACAGCGACGUCGGCGUCCACUUCGACCCGCCGCCGCGAGUCGGACAGAUUCACCGAGGUGGGUGAUGACGUCGGUGACGAUAGCUUCACAUCGGCCUCGUCGGCCGAUAGUACCGGCAGCAACGGGACUCCGACCCAGAUGGACCUCGUGCGCAACAUUGCGAUGCUGCAGGAGCUCUGGUCAUGUGACCCAUCGUCACCUUCUUCCACGCCUAGCGAGGACGGCUCGUCGGCCCCGACUUGGGUUCGCCGGGCAGUGAUUCUGUGGACGUUCGAGACGGUCUACAGCGUCAACGAGCGCAAGAUGGAGGUGGUCAAGAUGCCGGCUGGCACAGGUUGGCGUUUCCUGACGACGAUCGACCCGGCCUCAGAGUAUCACCAGCGCCAGGCUCUCGUGAUGCCGGGAAGCAAGGGCAUGGACGGGCAUCGGGAACAACAGCAGCAUCACCAGCAACACCAGCAACACCAGAACCACCAGAACCACCAGAACCACCAGCAUCACCAGCAUCACCAGCAGGUGCCAUCGCCGCCGCAUUCGAGCACGCCGCAGCCGUACCCGAUGUCGUACCAGACGCGUCGGGACAGCGACAUGUCGCCUCAUCCCGGCUACCACCAACACCUGACGGCAGCCAUGAGCGAGCACCUCAGCAGCAGCUGGGACCCGAACGGCAAUGCAGGCGACUACCGCCAACUCUCGCCACCAGAGUCGUACCAGGUGCCGGGUCCCCUCGGACUGCUCGACACGACGUAUGGGGCCGGCCUAGCCACACCGCCACCGACGGCCAGCCUGCCUUCACCGUAUGCGACCACGAUUGACAACCAGCACCAGCACCAGCAGCACCAGCACCAGCACCAGCAGCACCAGCACCAGCACCAGCAGCACCAGCAGCACCAGCACCAGCAGCACCAGCACCAGCAACGCCAACAUCAGGCGGCCGUGCACGCCUACAACCAACACCAGCAGUCCUUCCCGGGCCAGCUCGGCUUUCUGUCGGCUCCUUCACCGGCUGACACGGAGAGCAGCCGAAGUCAGGCAGCCGCUGCUGGAGGACACACGCAGCCUGUGAUCGACCCGUUUCUGGCGGCAGCGGCGGCGGCGGUGGAUUCUGGCAGUAGUGGCAACGGCGGUAGCUCGCUGCCUGACUGGGACACGCACGAUGUGGCACAAGCCUUUGGAGGCUGGCCGGUGACAACAGGUGGCAGCACAGCAGGCGGUGCCGGCCCGGUGACAGCCAGAGGACCCUCCAGCUGGCAACAGCAGCAGCACCAACAGCAGCAGCAUCAACAGCAGAACCGCGGCCUGAAGCGUGGACGCUCAGACAGUCUGGACGAUACGAGCGGGUAUCCGGUGGCCAGCAUGCCGAAGCUCAGCCAUAAUGGGUUCAGCAGCUGGCGGUGA